AUGAAUGCUAUUUCGAGUUUAGUUCUACUAGGAUGGGCUGUAUGCCUAGAGAAUGCAGCCAAGUCCUUCGACCCUGUUCUCCCCUCAACAACUUUCUAUAAGCCAGAUGCAAUGUCUACUGAAAGUAAAUACUCAUUACUUACGUCCAAGCCAGAGGUACCAAAUAAGAAUACUAGCCUACAAAGCCCUGUGGCUUUUGGAGAGGGGAGUUUCUACAAGCUCUUACACCCAUCGAUGACCCGGCUGACUGACUAUCUUAACAGCCAUAGCACUGGAUUCAGCGAGUGGUAUCUUUCACCAAGCUUGAUCAUGAACAAGGACUUAAGAGAUGAAAUCGUCUCAGACUUGUACAGGGUUCAGCCUCAAGGCGACAAGGAGUUGAAAGAGUUCUGGGGAUCCAUAAUGGGAGAACUUCUUAUCAGAGACCUACCUGAGCUGAAGUCAAGUCUUGGGGAACUGAAAGAAAUACAGAACGAAGAAAGGAAGAAAAAGAGCAUAGCCGAGCUUAAGGAUAUUAAUAACAAGAAGAUCGAUGAAGAAGACAACUUCUUUGGAACAGCAUGGUUUAUUCUAGACUGUCUCUCACUUGGGAUCUCCAAUCGGAAUGCAGAAAUCUAUACAGAUGUUAUCGGGCCAUUCUUGGAUGCCGCUGUUGGCUUCAAAACUCUUGAGCACAAUUUUUCAAACAUCAUUGGAUCUUCUAGGAGUAUAACUUCCCAUAAAACAAGCAAGGUUUAA